CCGGUGACUUGUGUCCUCGCUGUCUCCGGCUUGACUGAUCGGGAGUGCACUCCCAAGAGUACGACUACGAGUCCCAAGGCCAAGUCCUGGCCAGAUCCGACUUCCGAGCAAGGCUGAGGCGGUGGUGUUUGAAUGAACCUUGCCCAUUCUUUGGUUUGCAACCCUUGAUCCAGCGAAACCAUGCUAAGAAGGUAAGAACUUGGAAGGUUCUUGCGGCAUCAGUGCCCAGCACCGGCGGGGGUAGCUGAGGACCCGGGCCGUUCGACAUAGCGACUAAAAGCAAAGGUUUGAGCCUCUGAGGAGCACAGAGUGCACUCUGCAAAGCGUGAGCGUCGCCUUGUUUGCAGUGAGACGCUGCCACUGGCCUGUGAAGUACGAGUGCUGGACUCCACACGUCUCCUAUCCAUGAUGCUUCGUCUAAAGACUUGGCCAUGGGCCGCAUGGAGCGCCUCCACCCGGCUGCAGAGCAUCAAACACGUUCAUGAAGUAGCGUUCGUCAGUUUGCUGCUAGCAAUCUACACAAGCGUGACUUGUGCUGCAGGAGAUUUUCGGAAUACGAGUCGCAAGAACGUGCUGUACAUCGUCGUGGAUGAUCUUCGUCCUGACCUGGAGCCCUAUGGUCAGGGUUACGUGCAUACUCCCAACAUUGCUGCACUGGCAAACAAAUCACUCAUCUUCGACCGCGCGUAUUGCCAGUUUGCAUUCUGCGCUCCGAGCAGAAGCUCAUUCAUGACGGGGAGGCGACCUGACAGGACAGAAUGCUGGAAUUUCGUGGACAACUUCAGAGAGACUGUGGGACAGAACUGGACAACGCUGCCGCAGUAUUUCAAGGACAAUGGCUACUUCUCGACCGGUGUUGGUAAGCUCUUCCACCCGCUACUCCCACCCAAUGGGGAUCCCCCUAGCUGGUCCGAUUUCAGGGACUUCCCCUACAUUAACCCACUAUACCUGGACUGCCCGGAUUUCAAGUCGUGGUGCAGCCUGGACCGAGCGGAGGACGCGUUUGCCGACGGACUGACGGUGAACGAGGCACUGCGGCGCAUGCGCUACGCGGUGCACAACCUCUCGCAGCCAUUCUUCCUCGGCGUCGGCUUUCACAAGCCGCAUUUGCCGUUCCGCGCGCCCGACGGCUUCAUAGAGCUGUACCCGGCAGCCGAGAACGUCACGCUCGCACGGAACAAGACGUGGCCGCGCAACGCGCCGACCAUAGCAUGGAACGGCUGCCUAGCAUCGCCCGGUCGCUACAAGGAUAUCACGGAGAGGCGCGACUACCUGACGCCCAUGAGCGACGAUGAAGCCGGCUACGUUCGCCGUGGCUACUAUGCUGCCGUCAGCUUCACGGACUCGCUGAUUGGCCAGCUCAUGUCGGAGCUGGAUGCGCUGGGCGUGGCCAAUGAGACGAUCAUAUCACUGCAUGGCGACCACGGCUGGCAUCUUGGGGAGCACAACAUGUGGUGCAAGAUGUCCAACUUUGAGCUGGGUGUGAGAGUACCAUGGAUGGUGCAUGUACCCGACGUUGAGCGAUGUUCGGGCACGCACACACCUGCACUGGCAGAGCUAGUUGAUGUAUACCCAACGCUUGCUGAACUAGCUGGACUCCCUCUUCCUGGCGACCUGGAUGGCACAAGUCAAGCACCGGUGUUUCAUGCCGACGGCGUCAGUGUCAAGAAUGUCUCGCUCUCUCAGUUUCCCAAGUGUGGAUCCAACCUGACACACAUGGGAACGUGUGAACAUCGAGACAAACAUCUGCUCGACUAUAUGGGUUACACUAUUCGCACUGAUCAAUAUCGCUACACUGAAUGGUUUCGAUGGAAUGGCACUGAACUGAGAGCAGACCUGUCCCAGGCAGUUGCACGCGAGCUGUACGAUCACCACGGUGACGAUGGAACUGACUUUGAUUCAUUUGAGAACGAGAACGUCGCUGCGGAGCAAGCCAGCCUGGCCGAUGAGCUGAGUGCCGAGCUUCACCGUGUUGUUACGGGUCAGCGAAGGUCCUUCUAGUAAGACUGAAGGACUGCUGGAAACGAUAAGGAGGAAGAGUGAACAAAUUGUGUUCUAGGAAAAGGGAGUCGUAGAAUACCAGGAGGCGACACGUCACACAUUUCACGAUCAAGGGAUUGCUUCAGUCCCUUUCUCACGACCCGGGAAAUUUGAAGCGUCGUCGUCAUCUUCAUUUUCUCAAUUGGUUUUGCUGUAUGCUUCGAGGCCUAUUCUUGAAUGUAUUCUACGACGCCCUGGUUAGGAAAUAGACCUUAUUGCCAGCUGUUGAGUGUUGCCAGACUCUGCAGGUCAUGGGUGAUCAUGGCUUUCUCUUGUGUGAACACGUUUUGACUCCAAUGGUGUGUACCAUGCUGAUGGUACUUGGCUUGAGUAA